UACUUAUAAAUAGACAUGCACAGGACUGCAUUGUCAGGGUAAAAACCUGUGCAUACUUCUCUAUGAAUAAAAUCCACCCAAAGCAUGGGAUGGUGAUGUUAGAUUAAUUGAAUAUACACAUUUUAUUCUGCCUGACGUGCUGGUGUUCCACCAUAAUUACUGUCCCUGGGCAGCUAACUUUACCAGCCCUUGGGAAAACCCAGAAGUCUUUCAUCUUGUCAGCAGAUUUCAGGGAUCCAAAAGAGAAAGUGGGCUUCAUUCCUCCUCCCAUUUUUUGAAUUAGUCUGAGUAGGUGUCAGCAAGGAGAGAGAAAUCAACAUUUAUUUGCCUUUUCCUUGCAUAAAAUGAACAACAGCAAGAGUGUGGUAUACACAGUAUAUUCUCCAUAUCAUCAUAUAUAAAUUUGUCUCUGUGUUUCCACCUUCAUAAUGGAAAAAAAGAUGAGUGACUCAAAGGAACGUGAUAACGGGGAGAGGCCCAUCCUACAUUUUUCUAUUGAAGAGAUCUUAAAAAGAAAAUCCAGGGAGGUCUGCUUACGCACGACGACGAUCUGCAAUAACCAUGCUGAGGAUGCUCAAAUCCUCAGAACAGAGCCAAUUUCAGAAACGGCUAAGGAUGAAAAGAAAGGGAAACGAAGGAUCAGGACAACAUUCACAGCAGAGCAGCUUCAAGAGCUAGAGAGGAUCUUCCACAUUACACACUACCCAGAUGUUAACAUCCGCAACCAGCUAGCAGCAAAGAUCAAUCUUCCAGAAGCCAGGAUCCAGAUCUGGUUUCAGAAUCAGCGGGCAAAGUGGAGGAAGCAUGAAAGAUUUGGCAAUUUUUGUGGUCUUCAGCAUCUAACUGAGGUUGAUUUUAUCCCAGCUCCAAAGGCAGAGACAGUAGGUCCCUGCCGAGUGCCAUGCAGCCGUUGUGACAUAGGCCCCCACCCAUGGCAGUACUCAUCGAUCCAAGAGCAUUCCUCAUCUUCCUGGUUACCAGACAUGACGCCCUGUGCCCUGCUGCGCACGGAUCCAAUGAUGUUCUCAAAGCCUUAUCUACUCUUUGACUACCUCCCUCAGUACAGCCUCCCACCUCUGUCCUUGAAACCAGCAUGGAGGCAUAUUGGUGGCAAUUUCACAUAGAAGAGGAUGAGGAAGGAAGAGCUACUGUGCUUUGUAGCAUCAUCAUUGAACUAGCCUGUUGCGGUGGACUUACACCAGGGAAACCUGCUGGAUUCAGAUCCCCAAGUGGCCACAAAAGUGACUAGGUGGUCUUGAAUUGAUUGCUAGAAGAACAUAGGGAGUUGCCUUUUACAAACCCAAAGGUCCACCUAGCUUAGUAUUACACUGACAGGCAAUGGCUCUCCAGGGUUUCAAAGAGAAGUCCCUCUCGACCUGCCAGGAGAUGCCAGAAACUGAAGAUGGGACCUUCUGCACCAUAGGAGCCAACUCCUAGGGGCUGAGGCCCCUUCGCCGCUCCCAUAAAAUAUUUGAGGGGACCAGGGUCCCAAAGUUGAUGGGCUUUAGCAUUCAAAUGGUGUGUAUGUGCCACAUCUUGUGAUCAAUUAGGUGGGGCUUACCUGGGCCCGUCCAAUCUUUUAGUCAAGUUGGCACUCUUGUUCUGCAUGCAAGAAAAAUGGUCCACUGCUGAGUUGCAACCCUUCCCCAUCUCUCAGCCUCACCUACUUCACACCGGUGAGGAUGAAAGAGGGAGAAACCAUAUGCGUCACCUGGAGCUCCACAGAAGAAUGGAGAGAUGCAAAUGUAAUACUGAUAAUUGCUGGAGGAGAAUUCAGCUUAAUACAAAGCUAAAAUGCUUCUCGUUGACCUUGAAGAAUGAAUGCUGCUUGACCUAAAUGAGAAGCAAUUAUAGAAGAAAGCCAACACUUCCUCCAUUGAAGGACUCUGCUUGAAAAAAAUAUCACUUUCUAGGUGUGGGGUUAAUAUACCAAAUGGAUAUUGCAUUGCAAUGUCUGUUGGAGAGUUGAGGCUUUACACAGCCCUAAAACUGAUGGAUAACACUGUUGCAAAAGUGGCCUGGGAUGAUGAGAUUUUAUUGGUCAGUGCUGAAGGAGUAGAAUCACCUUCCCUCUUCGGGAAAAGCACUAUUAUUCUGUUGAUCAAACUGGACAGUCUAAAGCAGUGUUUCUCAAACUUGGGUCCCCAGAUGUUGUUGGACUAUAACU